UGAAAUAUCUAGAUAGCAGGAACACGUAACCCAGAUGUUCAUGCAUGCCGCCUUAGAUCGGCAAUGACAUGGGAUGCACACUAACUGAAAUUGUCCAAAAAUAUCUGUUGACAACUUUGAUUAUCUAGGGCAAGUAUCUUUAUCAAACGAAUCAAAUCAGUCAGUGAUGUAAAUUAUGAAAUCCUACAAUCUCCACAAAAUGUCUUACGGUAAUAUGGGUCAAUUAAUAUGAAGAUCUGAUUUCAAUUUGAAGUACAAUAGUGUUCUUUCUUCUUUCAGAUAAACAUUCACAAUACAAUCAUUAGUACAUUGAAAGGUUAGUCAAUUUACUAUCACCAACAUCAUGAAUAUUAACAUUCUUCUUGCAACCACGUUUUUCAUUCUUUCACUUCACGCUUCAAAUGCUGCUCAUAUGAACACAAAUCUAACAGCUCCACUUACUAUUGGAAUAACAACAUUCUAUGCAAAUAAACAACCAGUAAUAAAGUCUAUAAAUCAAAUAAAGCGAUCGACUUGUCCAGUGUUGUUUAAUUUCAUGGAUCCUUACAAUAAACUUGGUGAACGGUAUGAAGUAUCAGAAACAGUUCGAGUUGAAGGACGAUCUGAUGCCACACUUGUACAACAUGUUACAUAUAAUAACCAAUCAGCAGUAUUCUUCUAUCCACUCAAUACACUAUCAGAUGGAUCUGCUUCCUCUGGUGUAAAAUACAUAGUGGAUACUUGGGAUUUGUCAGAACAUACAGGUGUUAUAUUGGAUAUAAAUAAAAAGGGUAAAUAUUCUGAAUUCAACUUCAUCGUCCAUGGCAAAUGUUCGGAAACAUUCGAAUGUCAAUCAUACGAGACGAAUUUCCAGAUACCUGGAGGACGACAACAAAUAAAAUUACCAUUUAGUACAUUUAAAACAAACUUUCGGGCAAAACAGUAUUCCAUUUCACUGCCUUCAUUUUUAAGACACGUAUCUCGUAUCGGUAUACAAGCAUAUGGUAGUCAUAAUGCUCCGCAAAAGCGAUUCAGUCCAGAUUCAAUCGAAAUACACUUCAUCCACAUACACAAACUCAAGCCAACAGGCAAUUAUUAGUUAAUAUUAGUUGAAACUGUAUAUGUAAAGCUAGUAAAUGUUAAUUGUAUAACUGUUUUGAGCUUGAAUGAACGAUUAUGUCAAAUAAUCAUUGUAAUUAAUUCUUAA